AUGGAAGAAUUAGAAAAUCUUUAUAAACUGAACAAACAUAUUGAACAGGAACAAAAACGUCAAAACAAACUAAUACGCAAACAACAACAAAGAGGAAAAGCGAUCGAUAAACAGAUCAGUUUACGUUUAGAAAAUGUGACUGGAAUUCUUAUCGAUCUAAUAAAUACUCGAAACGACGAUAUGAAAAUCGUUUAUUCACGCGAAAAAAUCUUGGAAAGAUUGGCCUAUCGUCCGAAGAAUGUUGAAUCUAUUGAAAAUGGAAGUGUCGGAACGAAAUCAGAUAUUAACCUACCACCCCUAGUCGAACUUGAUGAUCAUGAGUCACCGCUGCCACAAUCGCUGAGGCUAACACCAUUACCACCUAUUCCUCGAGACACUAGAAGUUCUAGUAAGAGCUCAGCAACAAAGACAAAGACAGAGUCUCGCACAAGGACUCCAUCUCCGAUGCCUGAACAAGUAUCCAGUAGCGAAUCAACGAAAUCGGUCACACCACCACCGAUUGAUAAUACCAAUUCAAAAAAAAUCGUAGUGUUACCAGCGGCUCCUUCACAUUCUCCACUGCAAAUUACGCGAAUGACUAUCGGAGAUACAUCAACACAAUUCAAAAUGGCUCCCGAAUAUUUCGUACCCGAUGAUCAAGAAUCGGUAUUGAAAGACAUUAUCUGUCCAGACGACAUUAUCGAUAAACAACCAUACAUUACCGUGGCACGUUAUCGAACAAUGCUUGGCGAAUCAACCGAUUUUAAUAAUAAACCACUUCAAUUAGGUGCUAAUUCCGUGGAAACGCUCAUAUUAGCACUUGAAAAAUUUUCUCAAAAUUUUGAUAGUGAAUUAAAUUUUUCCAAAAACGAUAUGCCAUUUCAAUAUAGUUCACAACGUGCUGUUUGUGGUAUGGCUGAUUUUGGUAGUAUCCCAAUACUUCUUGCUGAUAUCAUACCGACGGCUAAAUUCGAAUUUCAAAUGAAAAAUUUUGAUUAUGAUGAAUUGGCACAUUCGCGUGAUGCGAUGGAAAAUUUUGCACUAGAUUUUUGUGCAGCAAUAUGCGGAAUACUGAAAUGUGAACCGGAUUAUGUUCGACUGUUUUCCAUCGAGAAAUCCAAAGAUGAACUCAAAAUGCUUAAUCUGACGUUUGGGUUAACAACACCGGUUUUACACGAAACAGAAAAAUUGGCUAAAGAUUUACAGGUACGAUGUGAAAAAGCAUGCUAUAUACUUCUCAGCUGA